AUGAGCGAACAACAAGCAACAACUUCAUCAACAACAACAGCAACAACUCACCAAGUAGUGAAUGGUGUUACAGUCGGAUGCCAAGAUUCAUUCAUCAGAAUGUACCAUCAUUUUUCUAGAAAAUUUGAUGAUAAUAACGGAGAAGAUAUUCAACCAUCAGGUUUACUUGUAGGACAUCUCAAGCCUGUUUCUGCAUUGGAUUCUGUUUGUUUUGGUUCUUCGGAGAAUGCCAAACAUCGUAUUGUUAGUGGUGGUUGGGAUGGUGAUGUUAGAGUCUUUGAUGCCAACAGUAUGGAAUGUCUUGUCUUGUUGGAAAAUACUUCAAAACCACCAGAAGAAAUUGAAAGUCCUCAUGACACACUCACAGUUAAAGGAAAGGGUCACUCUAUGGAAGUUUUAGCUGUUUCUCAUGCCAAGUUGGGAGCUGAAGAAGCAUUGUUGGUUACAGGUGGUAUGGAUUCAACAGUUAGAGUGUGGAAAUGGAGAACUACUGAAGAUGCUAGAGUUGAUGAAAUUAAUUAUGAAACAACUUUGAAUCAUCGUGAAGGAAAGGAAGAUAUUGGAGUUUGGAGUUUAACUGUUGAUACAGGUGCUUCCAAUCCAGUUGUUUAUUCAUCAUGUUUACACGAUGGUAUGAUUAGAGGAUAUGAUAUCACCACACAAAAAUUAGUAGCCAAAAUGAAAUUGCACACCAGUGAUGUUCGUCACGUUAAAGUUACUGACCUCCAAUCAAAGGCCACUUUAAUUUCAUGCUCAUCCGAUAAGAGUAUUAAAUGUGUUGAUUUGAGAGGUAACAAGGUUUCAAUGAGAGCUGAAAAUGUUUCAACAAAUACUGUCAUGCACUUUUCUUUGGACGAUAAUAAUAACAUGCUCUAUUGUGCUGAUAAUGCUGGAUGUAUCCGUAGUUUGGACACUAGAAUGGGAUUAAAGAAGGUUGAUGAAGUUAAGAAUGCUCAUCGUGGUGGUAUUACAAAAAUUGUUUACAAUAAGGGACUUAUUUAUACAGGUGGUGGUGCUGAUAAGGUUGUGAGAGUAUGGGAUGCCAAUAAGAGACUUGCUCCUGUUGCUUUUGUUCCAGUUAAUGAUGCUAUUUUCUCCAUGGCAAAAUUACAUUAA